CAACAUCAUGACAACAGAGAAGAGUUUAGUGGCUGAAGCUGAAAAUUCACAGCACCAACAACAGAAGGAAGAAGGUGAGGGAGCCACAAAUUCAGGCCAACAAGAAACUCAGCUGGAAGAGGCUUCUCAAGAGGCAGCUGAGGGAGAUAAUCAGUGUGAGCAGAAGCUGAAAACAUCUAAUGGAGAUACUCCUACACAUGAAGACUUAACCAGAAACAAGGAGCGGACAUCAGAAAAUAGGGGCCUGUCACGGCUGUUCUCCUCAUUUCUCAAAAGGCCAAAGUCUCAGGUUUCUGAGGAAGAAGGCAAAGACAUAGAGUCAGCUAAAGAGAAAUGUGAAGGAGGUCAGAAAGAGAUAGAAUUUGGACCCAGUCUUGAUGAAGAGAUCAUUUUAAAAGCCCCAAUUGCAGCUCCUGAACCUGAACUCAAAACAGACCCAUCCUUGGAUCUUCAUUCAUUAAGCAGUGCAGAAACACAGCCUGCUCAGGAAGAACACAGAGAGGAUCCAGACUUUGAAACUAAGGAAGGAGGAGGCCUUGAAGACUGCUCUAAAAUAGAAGUAAAAGAAGAAAGUCCUGACUCAAAAGCAGAAAGAGAAUUAAAAGCUUCCCAGAAAUCAAUCAGAAGACACAGAAACAUGCAUUGCAAGGUUUCUUUGUUGGAUGACACAGUUUAUGAAUGUGUUGUGGAGAAACAUGCUAAGGGACAAGAUUUGCUUAAACGAGUGUGUGAGCACCUCAAUCUUUUGGAAGAGGACUACUUUGGUCUAGCCAUUUGGGAUAAUGCAACCUCAAAGACAUGGCUGGAUUCUGCCAAAGAAAUAAAAAAGCAAGUUCGUGGUGUCCCCUGGAAUUUCACAUUUAAUGUAAAGUUUUAUCCACCUGACCCAGCACAGUUAACAGAAGAUAUAACAAGAUAUUAUUUAUGCCUUCAGCUUCGACAGGAUAUAGUUGUGGGACGUCUGCCCUGUUCCUUUGCCACCUUAGCAUUAUUAGGUUCUUACACCAUCCAGUCUGAGCUGGGAGACUAUGACCCAGAACUUCAUGGUGCCGAUUAUGUUAGUGAUUUUAAACUGGCCCCAAAUCAGACCAAGGAACUUGAAGAGAAGGUCAUGGAACUGCAUAAGUCAUACAGGUCCAUGACUCCAGCUCAAGCUGACCUGGAAUUUCUUGAGAAUGCCAAAAAGUUGUCUAUGUAUGGUGUUGACCUUCAUAAAGCAAAGGACUUGGAAGGAGUGGAUAUCAUCCUAGGUGUCUGCUCUAGUGGCCUUCUGGUUUAUAAAGAUAAGCUGAGGAUUAACCGCUUUCCUUGGCCCAAAGUGUUGAAGAUUUCUUACAAACGUAGCAGCUUUUUCAUCAAGAUCCGUCCUGGAGAGCAAGAACAAUAUGAGAGUACCAUUGGAUUCAAACUUCCCAGUUACCGAGCAGCUAAGAAAUUAUGGAAAGUCUGUGUAGAGCAUCACACGUUUUUCAGACUGACAUCUACAGACACCCUUCCUAAAAGCAAAUUUCUUGCACUGGGAUCCAAAUUUCGAUACAGUGGCCGGACUCAGGCGCAGACCAGGCAAGCUAGUGCCCUGAUUGACAGGCCUGCCCCACACUUCGAGCGUACAGCAAGCAAACGGGCAUCCCGGAGCCUUGAUGGAGCAGCAGCUGUUGAUUCAGACCGAAGUCCCCGGCCCACCUCUGCACCAGCCAUUGCUCAGAGUGAGGACACAGAGGUUUCUAAAGCAGAGAAGGAAACAGUGAAGGUUGAAGAGCAAAAGGAAGAAGUGCCGCCCGAGCAAGCUGAGCCAGAGCCCACAGAAGCGUGGAAGGUGGAAAAAACCCACAUCGAGGUCACAGUACCCACCUCAAAUGGUGACCAAACACAGCUUGCAGAAAAAACUGAAGAUCUGAUAAGAAUGAGGAAGAAAAAGAGAGAGAGACUAGAUGGUGAAAACAUUUAUAUCAGACAUAGCAAUUUAAUGUUGGAGGAUUUAGACAAAAGUCAAGAAGAGAUAAAAAAACAUCAUGCCAGCAUCAGUGAGCUGAAAAAGAACUUCAUGGAAUCUGUACCAGAACCACGGCCUAGUGAAUGGGAUAAACGCUUAUCCACUCACUCCCCAUUCCGAACACUUAACAUCAAUGGGCAGCUUCCCACAGGAGAAGGAGUGAAGAAAACCUCUGUCCUUCCCUCGGAAAGAAAGGUUGGUGGGCCAGAGCAGAGCAUGAUACAAACAAACAAACAAACAUUGGUGUGGACCUGGGAUUGGGCACCGGAAACGGUUAAGAAGGUAUGGCUGUUAGAGCGAGGAAGCCAGAAGGCCAUCAGUGGUGGCUAUGAUCAACAGUUACAAAUUCAUGGAGUAUUUCACUUCAUAAAUGAAAUUCUUAUCAUACUAGAACUUGAAAGACAAAAAGAAGAAGUAGUUUGUUACUCCCGCAGAUCAGAAAUACAAGCUAAAAGCUAAAUAACUUCAAUCAUAGCCUAACUAAAUGUGUGGGUGACAGGUCAUUGAGGAAGUGUAUGCUAUUAGAAAUGGUUUUCUGAUCUUUUGUGAUUGAUAUCCUAGAGAACAGCCUUCCACUUUAUCAUAGCCAGAAUUCUGUUUGCAGUAAAUAAUAGAGUAAGUCUAACAUUUCAAAGAUUAGAGGGCAGGAGAAGCGUGAGUCCCAACUAUCUCUUCAGGUCCCCCCCAAAUCAUUAAAGGGUGCAGUUUAGUCUCUCAUUUUCUCCUCUACUAUCUCCUUUUUUUUUUUAAGAUUUAUUUAUUUAUUUGAGAGAGCGAGAAUGAGAGAGAGUACAUGAGAGGGGGGAGAGUCAGAGGGAGAAGCAGACUCCCCACUGAGCAGGGAGCCCGAUGCGGGACUCGAUCCUGGGACUCCAGGAUCAUGACCUGAGCCGAAGGCAGUCGCUUAACCAACUGAGCCACCCAGGCGCCCCUCCUCUACUAUCUCCUUAAAGAAGAGUCUUCAUAUGUACAGGAUCCUAUCUCAAUAAAACACAGAGACUAAAAAUUAAGGGGAAACCAUGGUUACUACUAUGCAUUUAUUCAUUGCCCUCAGUAUGUAUUGCAGAGAUGUGAAGAGGCAGCAUUAUUAGAAUUUUAGGGUUGGAUAAGCCCCUAAUCUAACUCUUCUCCACUCCAAUGCUUGACUCUUCUGUACAAUAUCAUUUAGUGAUUUAAAACCAUUUAUAGACCAAGUGGUCUCUAGCCUCCCAAGAUACAGCAUACUACAUCUUUGGACAUCUCUGAUUUUUGCAUAUAAAUCAUUCUUAUAUUAACUCGAAGUCUGUUUCCCUAUAGAUUUCAAUUCUUGGUCCUGAAUGGAGGCCUUCUGAAGAAUUUUUAUCUUCCAUAUUAUAAACUCUUCACAUAGUUAAAUGAAACUCUCAUGUUGGAAUUAGUCAUAGUUUUGCCCUCUGAUAACUUACCAUCUGAUAUACAGAUCUGCCCCAGUCUUCUUCCUAGCAUGUUAUCCUGCUUUCUUCUUUCUUUUUUCUAGCUGUUCUUGUUUUAUCAGCUCUUUUUCUUUCUGGCUCCAUUGCCCAUAGGUUGCUUGCCAGUGGUUUAUCCAUCUUAUGUUCUUACCCAUUGACUUGCCCUCUCUCUUAAAAAGAACAUCUUGAAAUUCCUGGAAAUCCCUGAGCUUCUUCACAGAUGAUACAGGCACAUGGGAUUUUUUUUUUUUUAGAUGAAAGAGUGGAGGUGGGAUAGUUGUGUAGCUUUGGAAACUUCUUAUAGCUCAGAAUCUGUUGACAAGACAGAAUGCCUUACUAUUUUGAAGAAGCAUACUGCCAGAGCCUGCAUUCUAAGUUUGCUUGCCUUCUCUGACUGACUAAUCUUUACAUACUUUAGCACCCCUAUGUGAUUUAAUUUAUAUCAUUGUGAUACGAUAAACUUAUGGAAACUUACUUUCUGUUUAACCUUCUGAUUAUGGCUUAGAUCCCCACCAGAAAAAGUGGUAUUAAAAAUUUGAAAUGUUGUUAAUCCAUCUCUUUUAGCUUGUACCUGUCUCCUCAAAACUGUGAUUCUCAAAGGUGAGAGGCUUUGUUUUAUUCCUCUUUGCCAAUCUGUCACCUUUGUAUCUCUGAUACAUAACAAAUAAUUAAAACUUGUUAAAUCGGAUUAAAUGAUUAGUCACAGAUAAACUUUUCACGUAGAAUCUCUUGUAUGGGGACACAAAUUUAUGCCAAAUUAAUCACCAUAUGCCUAAUCAGUAUAUGCAAGUAGCCCAAAAAACCCAUAUAUGGGCCAGAAGCCACUAUCUCUGUUAUUAAUCCUGUAGUGUGGCCCGUGGUUUCUUCAAAGAAUCUACUGUGGUAGGUGUCAGUCUCUCUUGUUAAUGUCUUGUAAUUAGGUUCAAUUAAAAGCUCUUAUCCAUUUACCAAAGGUAACAGCCGUUUUCCCUAUGAAAGGUAUUAUUGAGACUGGGUGCUUGUUUAUAUGUAUAAAUGCAUCUCGGAGUGUGAUACCAUAAAGGGAACCUGAUAUUUGACAAUUUGUGUUUAUCUAAAAUACAUUGCAGAGAAGAGUUUGAUCCUUUUUUCUUGUGUUUCACAUGGUAUAAAAACAUCAAAUGUAUCAAACUCUUGUGAUAUCAGGGUUUUGUAUAUCAGGUAGACCAGGAGUUGGCAAACUUUUUCUAUAAAUGUCCAGAUAAUAAAUAUUUCAGGCUUUGCAGGCCAUAUAAUCACUGGUGUAAACACUCAACUUUGCCAUAGACAAUAAACAAACAAAUGAACAUGAACGUAUUCCAAUCAGACUUUAUUUAUGGACACUGAAAUUUGAAUUUCAUAUAAUUUUUAUGGUCACUAAAUAUCAUUCUGUGUUUUCCAAACCAUUAAAAAAUGUAAAACCAUUCUUAGCUCAGAGCAAUACAAAAACAAGGAGCGGGCUGGAUUUGGACUGUUGGCUGUAGUUUGCUGACCCCUGAUAGAGGUCUAGAGAACCAGAGAACUGAUUAAUUUACUCUUUCUGCCUUUGUACUAUUUGAAGAGCUGUAGAUGUUCUUAGCAUCUUUAUUCAGUGUUGAAGUAUUUUUGGUCUUGUUUAUGACCAGAAAUGGAAAACAAAAUGUAAGGCAUUUGUUUCUAUUUAUUUAGCAAUUGGGGUGCACCAGAACUGUAAUCUAACAUAUCUGUAGCCACCACAACCCCCCUGCCUCUGUCAGUUCUCCAGGUUGUUCAAUGUUAACUGUGCUCUUAACAUAUUUAGUGAUAAAUUCAGCUAACCCCUUUGUGUGGCUUGGUUUUCAAGGGUCUGCCUUCAUUUUCCCCUAAGGAAUAAAGAAACAAUUCCCAAAUUCACUUUCUCUUUAGAUAGGUUUUAGGAAUAUCUAACAAACAUGGUAAAGAACGUGAAAUGAUUUUUUACUCUGAAGCUUUGGUACACCUUAGUGUUUCAAGCAGUUGUAUAAAUUUAAGGUUGGGAAUCUCAGGAAAAUAUUUUAUAAGGGUUCCUCUUUCUAAAUAAAGAGAUUUCCCUAAGAGGAAUUCCCCCUGAUUCAGGGCCUAUUGGGGCAGUAUUUACCAAUAAAUCAGAAUAAAAUAAAUUUAUAUUCUUUCGGAAGUGUCUUUGCUUCCUAGUUGACAUGGACAUGAUUGUGUUCUGAAGGAGUCCUUGGUCUGUGUUUAGCUUUGGGAGGUGCUUUCUAAUAAAUCCAUAAACUUAUGUUCCUUACUGUUCCCUGGUCCAGGAUGCUUUAGCUCUGAUACUAGGCUGAAUAAAUUGUUUAUCCCUUAGCAGUUCAGCAAGAUAUUUAAGCCUAAAGAAAUUGGCUAAGAACUCUUUUGGAACGUUUUCUUUGAUAUUUUUCUUACAUUAUUUGCUGCUAAUAUGUAAAUUUAUCAUGAAUAAAUCUUAAUGAAAAUCUGAUUCUGGGUGAUAGUAGUCAUUAAGGAAAUAGGAGCCAGCAAUGCAGUAUAUAGACCCACUCAAAAAAAAAAAAAAAAAAAGGGAAAGGAAGAGAAACCUCUGCUUUGGGGGAUUAGCAAGAAAUAUUGUCAGCCAGUCUUUCUAGAAAAGUUCCCUUGUUUUUCCAUAUUUUCACUCUUCUCUGUGUCCCAGUAAUUGUCUUUUGCUCAGUCCUAAAGCAGAGAUAACCUUGACAUGUGUUCAGUUCUUAGAAUAUUAAUGUUUUAAAAUCAGCUUGGAACUCAUUUGACUUAUUUAUACCAAGUGUUAUGAAUAACUUUUUUCUAACCAUCUUAAUCAGUCACUACAACACAUGAAAUUGUCACAUCUGUUAGAAGCAUUUUUAAUACGCUGAGUUUGUCUUUUGUUUUUUUAAAAAGCGCUCUACAAAUUAGUGGUUAUUAACCAUCCAGUAUUGCCACUGUGAUCAUAGUGAAGAGUGAAGAAUGGGGUGGGUGUGGAUAUGUGGGUGUGAGAAGAGCGUGCUCCUGUAAUGUGGAAUUAACACAAGGUAUACCACUUUAUCUUUCACUUCACCUUGGGUAAACCUUAUCUCUUAUGUUACUCUGACAGUUCUAGAUUCUAUUGUAUUACCCAGGUAAUUACUUAAAACCCCAACACUCCACAUUUUGAAGUGGUCUGUUUACUAGCUCAAAGUAUGUACUUUAUGGCCAUGUCUGAGUAGUAUAAAAAUUUGAAGAGUUUCUUCAAAGCCAUAUUCUUUUUAGGAACUUGUUGAAAAUGUUAACAUGGAAAGUCAUUUUCAUUAUUAUAGGAUUCUUCAGGAAGAGAAGACGUGGCUAGUUAGUAUCUAAUAAUAGUUUCCUGUUGUACUUAGUUCUGUGGAAUCAAGAUGCUAUUUUCUAGAUAUUAAAUUGGGCCAUAAUGUUUUUCUAAGUACUUAUUAUGUCUUUAAUCAUUUUUGGAAUUGAGACUUCUGAGAAAUCCUGCCAAAUGUAUUUAAUUGUGUUCCAUACUAAAUGAUCAGAGUUUUUGUACUGGUUAUAACUCCUUCCUCUCCAUCUCCAUUUCUCUAUCUUAGCCCUUCUUAGUAUCUUGAAAUAAAAUUGACCAAACAAAGGCUUCUGGUCUCCUAGACAUGUAUAGUAUAACUUUUAAUAUUUGCUGAAAACUUUGACUUCUAUAGCUCUAUUCAGGUUUGAGAACACUCAUAUGAUCUGUGGAGUCCUUGCUGGUGAGUGCAGUGUUAAGGCAAAAUUUUCUAUUACCUAAUAGAUAAAAUUUUGCAUCAGGCACUUAUUUCGAAGCUGUUUGCUUUUACAGUCACCUUUUCUGGGGAUAAUCUAAUAACAGCACUAUUAAGGAAAUUAUAAAAACCAUGUUUGAAGGAUAACUGUCAUUGGCAAAUUUCAUUUGCUGGCAUUUGUUAAGAGGCUGCAUUAUGGAGUGAUUUUCUUAUAAUAAGCAGUUUUACCAACUGUAAUUUAAUAAAGGCCAACAUCUGAGUAAGCUCCUUUAUCCAGAUGUAAUCUUUAUAUGCCAGAGAAUAGCAAUGAACCAUGGAAAUGACUUAAGUUUUGUGGAGAAGCUAGUGAGCACUACAAGGAUGUAUUUCUAGCUAGGGACCAAUAGCAUACUAACUUUACUUUUAAAAGAAAGUGGGGGUGGAUAUAGAUAGCCAAGAGAGAAAAUUUAGAAUGAAGAGAAAUGUAUCGCAAGAUAAAGAAUGGCACACUAGAGAGGAAAGAGAAUUUUUAAAUCAUCUUUUGCUAGCCGCAUGGUUACUCUGUUGUUAGUUUAUCCCCAUCCUGAGUGUUUGUGAUUCUAACGUCCUUUUUCAGACUGUCAGCGGGCCUGAGUUUUCCACUGAAAGUGUACCAAAACUAUUAAUUAUGAGGCUUUUGGGGGUUGGGGGCCAGGGAAUGAUUUUCUUUUUGGUGAUUUUUGUUCUUUCUUCAUUCGUUUCCUUUUUUGGCUGAAGAAUGGGCUUUUGCUGCUUGACUUGUCAUCUUUAUGUGCUGUUUAUACAUGGCUUUUACAAAAGAAGCUAUUACCACAUCUGAUUUAUCUCUUAUUGCAAGUGCCCAUAUAAAAGCAUUUGGUUUAACAGAUUUUUUUUUUAAUCAUCAGGUUGACAUUCUUACUGAUUAUUAUACAACCAUAGGAAAUACCAAUAUUAAUUUUCAAAAUAGGAAUAAGAUUACAAAGAUUGAUAUUAAAUUAAUAUAUAGACAUUUUUUUUUUUUAAAGAGCUUUCCCCCAAGGCAUUUGAAGCCGUUCUUUGCUGAACCAUAAACUUGCCAUGUUUUGUUAAAGAGAAGAACGUAGAAACAAAGCACUCGCAAUUAACUGAUCUAAUCAGGAUUGGAUUCUACAUGUUUUAGUUUGCAUGUUGCAGACCAUUUGGGGGUAUUACUUAAAUAGACUGUUGAUAAGUUAAGUGACUGUAAUAUUUAUUGUUUACUUUAGUAAAGAACCAGGAGCUGGACACUACUGCUGGGUAUCUUCCUUCUGUGCUUAGCAAGAUAACCUCGAUUCCUGCUGGUUCUGUGGGCAUUUGCGGUGCAAAGCGUUUCUUACUGGGUUUGCAAAGCAAGGGUAAUGUGCUCUGUGGGUGAAUGUGUGUCUGUGCACAACCCUGUCCCUCAAUCCCGUUGCCACCUUCUGCUCACUCCCUUUUUCUUACCAAAUUAAUUUUUUUAAUUAUGUAAAUCUUAUUAAAAAGUCCAGAUCCCCUUUGUGUGACAUACGGAAACACCAAUAACAGUUUAAUGUAUUAACUUUCCCUGAGGUAUUUGCAUUUGAACAGGCCACAAAGUCAUUGCAAAGAUGGUAACAUUACAGAGCUGAUCGUAUCAUUGAACAGCAUGUGUAGGGCCAGUCCUAGGUCUCUGGUAAAAUCGAGGAGUGCCUGGCUGGCUCAUUCCGUGGAGCAUGUGUCUCUUGACACAUGGGUAUGGAGAUUACCUAAAAAAUUUUUUUUUUAAAAAGAAUGGUGGAUAUCAUAUCAGGGUGCCUGGGUGGCUCAGUUGGUUAAGCGACUGCCUUCAGCUCAGGUCAUGAUCCUGGAGUCCCUGGAUCAAGUCCCGCAUCGGGUUCCUGGCUCAGCAGGGAGUCUCCUUCUCCCUUUGACCCUCCCCCCUCUUAUGUCUCUCUCUCUCUCUCUCAUUCUGUCUCUCAAAUAAAUAAAUAAAAUCUUUAAAAAAAAUAAAAAAUAAAAAAUAAUUUAAAGAAUGGUAAAAUAGAAUGAAGAGAAUGUGAAAACCAAUGGUAGUUUAAUAGAUGUGGUAGAUUUAGGGUUCCAUUGUGGAAAGUGACUAUAGAGGUAGUAUGUUAAAUCUUAGACUCUUUUUACAGAAAAUUUAAUAAUUUCAGGAAGCAAAAUCUGUGGGUAGUAACGUAGAUAUGAUUUGGGCUUAGAAACAACAGUAAAUCUAUUAAGCUUUAAAUGAUUAUAAAUUUUGUGACUAAUCAGACAUGUUUUUCCUAAUUUUCUUUCUUAACAGACAGUAUAUAUCUCAAAACUUUCAUGAGGAUCUCGGCUCAGGAAUAUUUAUUAAAUAGUCUCAUAGUGUGCCUAUUUUAAUUCUUAUAUUCUGUCACAAUUUCUUUCUUCAAAAUUCUGUCUGGUGAUGUUCUCUAAGAUAUAAGGAGAACCUGGCUGAGAACUUGCUAAGCCAAAAGGAAGACCAGCCUUAGUUAAAUCUAUAGGAUUGGCCCACUUUGGGUGCUUAAGAAACACUUCCAAGUAGGGACUAGGUGCCUUUAUUGCUCUGGUUCAUGUUUCUUUGCAAAAAGUAAAAUUUUAAGAAAUAGAGUACAAAGACAAAUAGUAUCUAGUAUUUACCCAUCAUUUCAUUGUGAACACCUGUGCGGUGAACUCUCAUGAUAACCAUAACAGUGAUGUUCUUACUUCUUUUUUUUUUUUUUUUAAAGAUUUUAUUUAUUUAUUUGACAGAGAGCGAGAUAGUGAGGCAGGAACACAAGCAGGGGGAGUGGGAGAGGGAGAAGCAGGCUUCCUGCUGAGCAGGGAGCCUAAUGCAGGGCUUGAUCCCGGACCCUGGGACCAUGGCCUGAGCGGAAGGCAGAUGCUUAAUGACUGAGCCACCCAGGUGCCCCUGUUCUUACUUCUUCUGAUAAAACAGAGUCUCAGAGGUUGAGAGGCCUGCCCAGGAAUGAGCAGUUUUUAAGUGAAAGAACUGGAACUAGAACCCAGGUCUUCGAUGUUUCAGUCCGGUGACUUUCUAUCCUGCCACAGCUGUCUCCUAAGUCACUCAGUCCCCAGAUGAAAAUGUGGUAAAAGUUACAGAGUGUGAAUUAAGGAGAAAGUUGGAAUUUGUGAGACCCUAAUGAUUUAUGAAACUGGGUAUUAAAAAUGGCUCUCAGAAAAGAAAAUGGUUCUCUAAGAUCCUGAAGCCACUGAUGAAUUGAUUCAUUAAUGCUGGAUUCCCUUCAUAUUAAGUUAAAUGCCCCAGGUUGAGUCCCAGGAUGUCCCAGAACCUGAAAUAGGAUCUCUCUCAGUGUAUAGGAACCAGAAGAUAAGGAUGAAAAAUGAGGCCUUGCCUGAGGUUGAAACAGAGGUGUCAUGGCUUUUGUUUGGCCCUGGGAUGAUCUGGUUUCUGGUAUUAAAAUCAUUCAAUAGGGGUGCCUGGGCGGCUCAGUCAGGUUAAGGGUCCGACUCUUGAUCUCAGCUCAGGUCUUGAUCUCAGGGUUGUGAGUUCAAGCCCCAUGUUUAUAUAUUUUAUAAACAAUAAAAAUAUAUUUAUUAUUAAAAAUAAUAAAAUAAAAAGCAAAAAAUCAUUCAAUAAAAGGAAUUAAAUUUUUUAGAAGAAAAUAAUUAGUAGUUUCCUUUACAUGUUUAUUGGAGAUAUUUAGGUCAAUAGCUUAAAUUCCCAUCAAUUAAAUCAAACCUCACACACAACGUCAAAAGAAAACUCGAUUGAUAUCCAGAAGCAAACAAACCAAAAACACCUCAUUGUGAAACCAAAUGACGUUUUGUAUCUCUAAGAAUUAUUCGAGCUUCAUCAAAAAAAGUAUUUUUGGUAUUCUGUGCCUGAGUCCCCAAGUAUAUUUAUGUCAGGGUCAAACCCUUUGCUGACUUGGAGUAGAAUGUUUGAGAUGGUUUAAGAUGGUGUUAGUAAAGUGUGUUAGACCAGGAUAUUCAUGCAAUUUAGUGACAGAAUUUGUAUUUUGGUCUGGCUGGACUAUGAACAUUUUUUUUGCAGUUAUUAUUUGUGUUUCCUACUUCUCAGUUUCGUCCAUUCGAUAAAGUAAAAUGUCACCUUAGCAUGUUAAUGGCCCUCUCUUAAAAUUUGUCUGGUUUUUAGCAAGUAAGAACACCCAUAUUUAUCCGUAUUUGUCUAUACUAUCCAUUUGAACA